AUGGCUCCCAUCGAGUACCUCUCGGCGUACGAGGACACGCACAAGUACCGUGAGAUACAGGUGCCCCCCACAGCCACUGUCCCCUUUACUCCUCUCCCGCCUUCGCCUUCGCCAGACGCCAAAUGCUCCGUUCACAUGGUCAAGAACUCGGACCUCACCAUGUCGCUUAGCGUGUUCGUCCGCACCAGUGACACCAAGGCUCCCAUCGUACUGCCCGUGUAUACUUUUGUGGUCGAGCACUCAUCUGGCCGUCGCAUCGCCUUUGACCUCGGUGUCAAGCACCACUUUGAGGACUUUUCGCCUUUCACUCAGUCGGUCAUCAAGGACAUGCCCAUCACUUGGCCCCGUGCGACAGUUCCGGAGAUCUUUGAGUCUCACGGCGUAGCCGGCGACAGCAUCGAGGCUGUAGUCCUCUCGCACACUCAUUUUGACCACAUUGGAGACAUUGGCCAGUUCCCGACCAAGACCAAGCUCAUUGUCGGUCCCGGCACAGGCAAGGCGUCUCUGCCCGGAUACCCAACGUUCAAGGACUCGAGUGUGCUCGACUCGGACCUCCCGUUUGGCAGUGACCGCGAGGUCAAGGAGCUUGGUCCCGACGACCCGUGGGUCCCGAUCGGUAGCUACAAGGGCAUCGACUACUUUGGCGACGGAUCAUUCUACCUUCUCGACGCAUACGGUCACAUGAUCGGCCACAUUGCUGCUCUGGUCCGCACCACCACCAACCCGGACACGUACGUGAUCCUAGCUGGCGACUCUGCACACGUCCGCGGCCUCUACUCGUGUUGCCCAGGCUGUGCUCAGCCGCCGUUCCGUGCGGGCCUGUACCCUGCUGCAGACGGUCUCUCGCCAUCUGAGCGUGCCCGUGGUGGACUCCUCGCCAUCCACUAUGACCUCCCGGCUGCGUACGCCAACAUGGCCCGUAUGGGACGCAUGGAGGAGGAGGACAAUGUGACUGUUAUCCUGGGCCACGACUUGGAGUGGGAGAAGAUUCUGAACGAUGAGCAAGGCAAGGGCUGGGAGUGGGUGGAGAUUACCAACUGGAAGGCGCAGGGCAGGAAGGAGGCUGUGCGCAAGGAGUGGGUGUACACGCCCACUGGGGUCAAGGACAGCAAGGAGACGUAG